AUGGAUCUAACAGUUAACAUCAAAUGUAAAGUAUGUGGAUCAUUUGAAUCAACAUCGAUCGAUGAGUUUAGAUUACAUGGUAUCAAUCAUUGUAUACCAUCGAUUGCUAGAUACUUUGGUGUCACUCUAGAACAACUAUUUGAACGACAACAACUACUACAACAACAAAAAAGAGAUAAUGAUCAGUUGGGAGGUGAAGAGUAUCAACAACAGGAUUUAAAUAAAAAGACCCAUCAACAAAACAACAAAGUACAACUAUCAUCUUCAACAACGAUGACAUUAAGAUUUAAAAGUUUAAUUGGGUCACCAUUCAUUAGAAGUAUGAUAUUUGGAUAUGUAAAAGAGUUAAACAAUAUUGAUGGUGUAUCUUAUUCAGGUACAGAUAUAAUCAAACUACCUCAUCUUGAAAUGAUAUCUCGCUGUGCAAUGCCAUGGAACUUUAUCAAACAUUAUCUACCACCUAGAGAUGAUGUUUUAUCGAAAAGAAGAUGGUAUGUUAUUAGUAGAUAUUGUGCACAUCGAAAUGCAACAUUGUCAACACUCCAACAUCUAUUGGAAUGGUCACCAGAUUAUGACCCUCAAGAUCAAUACGAGAGUGUUCAUCAAGAAUUAUUUUACAAUGUUGCUAUUCAAGGACACACUGAUAUAAUGGAAUUUCUUUUAAAAAGAUAUCCAAAUAUCGUUUUGAAUGGAAAGUAUGGUCAUAGCAUUGAUGAUGCAUCUGAACGAGGACACUUUUCAAUGGUAAAACUAUUAUGCUCAAUCAAAGGUUUAAAGUGUACCACUCAAGCCUUGGACAAUGCGGCAAAGUUUGACCAUUUAGAUAUUGUAAAGUAUCUUGAUCAAAAUCGUAAUGAAGGAUGCACAUCAAAGGCACUGGAUUCUGCUGCCAUGUUUGGACGCUUGGAUAUUGUCAAAUAUUUACAUUUUAAUCGAACAGAAGGAUGUACAACUAAUGCUAUGGAUGGGGCAGCAUUGAAUGGCCAUUUAAAUGUGAUGGAAUGGUUAAAUUAUAAUAGAAAAGAGGGGGUUACAAAGCAAGCGAUGGAUUUGGCAUCACAACAAGGACAUUUUCAAAUCGUUAAAUGGUUAGAAAGUCGUAAUAAAGGGUGCACAACAAAUGCUAUGGAUAAUGCCAAGACCCUCGAAAUAUUCCAAUUCCUUGAAAAAAAUGGAAAAAGAUGUACAUCCUUGGCAAUGGAUAAUGCAUGUUUAAAAGGUGAUUUGGAUUUUGUUAAGUAUAUUCACUUUAAUCGAAAUGAAGGUUGUUACCAACAAGCUGUCAUCAAUGCAUGUAAUAGUGGUAACUUUGAACUGAUAAAGUUUAUUCUUUUAGGCAUUAAAGAAUGUCCACCACAAGCAGUAGAUUCUGCCAUUGAGAAGGAUUGUAGUUUGGAGAUUAUAGAAUAUCUUGGCCAAGAAUGUACUUCUAGAGGUAUGGAAUAUGCCAUAAUAUACGGUCGUUUGGAUGUCAUUCAAUAUUUCCACAAGAAAUACCCAAAAUCUAAUGUUUUGUGGUCUAGAAAUACAUUAAACUUGGCUGCUACUUUUGAUAAAUUGGAUAUUGUAAAGUUUAUUCAUGAAAAUAGAAGUGAAGGAUGCACAACCGAUGCAAUGGAUAAUGCCAAAAACAUCGAAGUUACAAAAUUUUUACAUUUUAAUCGUAGUGAAGGGUGCACGACCAAGGCUAUGGACAAUGCUGCCAUUAGAUUUGACUUGGAGACUGUUACAUUCCUCCACAAACAUCGAACAGAAGGAUGCACAAAAGGAGCCAUUCGUCUCACUCAUCCUGAUAUCUACAAAUACAUUUUGUCAAACAAAAUAAUGUCAAGAGAAUCGAUCGAAAAACAUUAUGUAAAUGAUGGAAGCCUACUCUCACUUUUAGCAUCCUCAAUUAAUAAGAGGGAAGAUUUCUAUGAAAUUGUUGAAGCUGUCAACCAAUAUUAUGGAUUUUUACCUACAAUGGAGAGUUUCGAUUCAUAA